AUGGCGACGGCAGUUUCCCAGGGUGCCCCGAGCACCGGCUCCUUCAAGGACAAGGAGAAGCCAAUGGCAGUGCGCACGUCCAACAUCUUGGCUGCUAGAGAACCGUACGCGUGUGACAAUUCCAUUAUGACAAGUGAGGGGCUAAUCACUGUGCAGUCUUUGGGACCCAGGGGCAUGGACAAGAUGAUCCAAACGCCCAAAGGAAACACGAUCAUUACCAACGAUGGAAACACCAUGCUGAGGGAUAUGAGCGUCAUGCACCCCGCGGCCCGGAUGCUGGUCGACCUCAGUGCGGCUCAGGACGUUGAGGCUGGUGAUGGAACCACAUCCGUUGUUGUGAUCGCUGGUAGCCUGCUGGGUGCCGCGGAGCGACUGCUGUCCAAGGGUAUCCAUCCCACCGUCAUCUCGGAGUCCUUCCAGAGAGCCGCCGCCGCCGCCGUCGAGAUCCUCCACAACAUGUCCCGCCCCAUCAACCUGACCGACCGCUCUACCCUUCUGCAAGCGGCCUCCACCUCCCUCUCCUCGAAAAUUGUGGCCCAGCACUCCAGCCUUCUCGGCCCGAUGGCCGUCGACUCCGUGCUGAAGGUCGUCGACCCCAAGACCGCCGAGAACGUGGAUCUCCGGAACAUCCGUAUCGUGAAGAAGGUCGGCGGUACCAUUGAGGACAGUGAGAUGGUUGAUGGCUUGGUGUUGAACCAGCAGGUGAUCAAGAGCAGCGGCGGUCCUACCAGAAUCGAGAAGGCCCGGAUAGGUCUGAUCCAGUUCCAGCUCAGCCCUCCCAAGCCUGACAUGGAGAACCAGAUCGUCGUGAACGACUACCGCCAGAUGGAUAAGAUCCUCAAGGAAGAGCGCCAAUACCUUCUCAACUUGGUCAAGAAGAUCCAAAAAACCAAGUGUAACGUCCUCCUGAUCCAGAAGUCUAUCCUUCGUGACGCCGUCAACGAUCUUUCCCUCCACUUCCUUUCUCGCCUCAAGAUCCUGGUGGUCAAGGACAUCGAGCGUGACGAGGUCGAGUUCCUGUGCAAGAGUCUGGGCUGCAAGCCCGUUGCCAACGUCGAGUCCUUCACCGAGGACAAGCUGGGUACCGCUGACCUGGUUGAGGAGGUUCAGCAGUCCGGUGCUCGCUAUGUGAAGCUCACCGGCAUCAAGGCCCCCGCCACCGGCGCCAACCAGACCGUGUCGAUCGUCGCUCGUGGCGCCAACAACCUCAUCCUGGACGAGGCUGAGCGUUCCCUGCACGACGCUCUCUGUGUCAUUCGUUGUCUGGUGAAGAAGCGCGCCCUCAUUGCCGGUGGUGGCGCUCCUGAAGUCGAGAUCGCUCACACCCUUGCCAUGCGCGCUCGUCAGCUCACUGGCACGGAGGCCAUCUGCUGGAAGGCCUUCGCGGACGCCAUGGAGGUCAUCCCUACCACGCUGGCUGAGAACGCUGGUCUGAACUCGAUCAAGGUGGUGACCGAACUGCGCCACCGCCACGCCCAGGGCCAGCACAACGCCGGAGUCAGCAUCCGCAGUGGUGGUGUGAAGGACGACAUCACCGAGGAGAACAUCCUGCAGCCUCUGCUGGUGAGCACCAGCGCGAUUGAGCUCGCUGCAGAGACGGUGAAGAUGAUCAUGAGAAUUGAUGAUAUUGCUUUGUCGAGAUAG